AGUCCUUGUUUCUGCAUCUUGACCAGGAGUAGAAACCAGGUGUAUUUUUGGAACUCAUCAUGAUUUCCAUAAAAUUGGAAACAAACCAGUCCCCCAGUGCUACAGAAAAUGAACCAAGUAGCAAACCUGAAACUUCAGAGGACGUCGUCACGAAGCAGACACGUUCUGGCACGUCAGCCGACAACAGUGCAUCGGACACAGGAGAGUGUGGCAGCAGCCGUACAUUUAAAAGAGAAGUCAAGCAGGAAACAUACCUUGGGAUUCAGAACCCACAUUUAAGUAGCCAUGAAAAAUGUCACUUCACCUUUACUUUGGACAUCAAAUCCAGGAAGCCAGACCAUAGUGAAUAUAAUGCAUAUGGUGAACUCAAUGAGAAUGUCUACUCAGCACUCAGAGCCCAUGACAUUUUCUCUAAAAAAAUGGAGGAACAUGUUGCUAAGGACAUUAGGAUUUAUGAAGAAAGACACAUCAAGGGCUAUAUAAAUCCAGGAAUGCCUCUCAAGUGCCUACCUAAAGAUUCCCAUUUAAAAAUCACCUUUUAUCAAAUCAGGAAACACCAGAAAAAAGGGAAUAAGAUACUGCGCGAAUGUGAGAACCCAAACAUUGAAUGCAUUCUUUUUCACAUUGUUGCUGUUGGGAAGAAUACCAAGACCAUUGUUAAGAUGAAUGAACUUCACCAACCGGGAACCACGCUUUGUGUCUAUGCUUUGAAGGGUGAGACAAUCAAAGAAGCCCUCUGCAAAGAUGGACGAUUUCGCUCUGACCUAAAAGAUUUAGAUUGGAAGCUGGUGGAAGUACAUAAAACAAUUUAUGGAAGGGAAUCCAAGGUAGAGGAAGUGUCUGGGAAAACCCUAGAAAUUGAUAUUUCUAAAAACUACAUCAAGAAAGCACCUCCCCAAAAUACUAAACCAAAGAAGGAACAUCAUACUGAUGAAGUAAGUCCUUCUGGUCAGGAGCGGCCCAAGGGCAAGUUAGAUGACCCAGAGAGAGGAGGAACUGGAGACAGAGAACAGAACAGAGAGAACAUCGUAUCACGUCCAGGGAUAGGGCAUGAUGUGGAAGCUACAAAACGUCGGACAAUUCUCGAAAUUAAAAACUAUUACAGUGGUAAUGUCAAGAGAAAAUACAGAAUUCCACAUUGCAGGCAGAGGAGCCAGACAGGUAGACAGUAUUUUGUUCAACAGAAGGAGGCAAUUAACCUCUCCAUCAAGAAUCUGCAAAUGUUGAACAAAGUCACAAUGCAUCAGUAUCCUAGUUUCAAAAAAGCAGUACGUGAGAUGAGAAAGUUUUUUCUUGAAGAACGGAGGAGAAAAAACCUGUCAACCUCCAAGCAGUUUAAUAUCUAUAAAAAGGACUAUGCAAAAGUGACCAAAAAUUCUACUUCUGUUGCCACCUGUGAACAGCUUGUUCAUCUCAGUCACUCUGUUGGGUUCAUUCAGUGGAACAAUAAUGGGAGAACAGGCAAUGGCACUUGCUUUGUCUUCAACGAUGGUUUUAUUUUCACCUGUCGACAUGUGGUAGAACUCAUAGUGGGAGAAGUCACAGACAGACAGUUGUGGCAAGGGAUAGUAUGCAAAUGUGCAAUGGUAACUUUCAAUUACAAACAAUUCCGCCCUGUUCAAGAGGAAUGGUUCCCCAUUGAGGCAUUGCUUCAGGUGUCUGAUGAAAAUCUAGAUUAUGCCAUUUUAAAACUGGGGAAAAAUGAAAAGGAAAGUGAGUUUCCUCCAGGCCUCUUUGGGCAGGUUUCUUCUCUGCCGUCUAGUGGUUUGAUUUAUUUGAUUGGUCACCCAGAGGGAGAGCAUAAGAAAGUAGACGGUUGUACUGUGAUUCCAGUUGGUCAUCGAUUAGAGAAAUAUUCACAGUAUGUUGAAGAUGAGCUGCUAAACUGUGCUGCUGCCAACAUCAGUCCUUUCUCCAUGUUUACCCCAAGAAGUUUCCAGUCACACAUUUGUCGAACUGAUGCCCUUAGUUAUGAUACUUGCUUUGCAGACGGCUCCUCUGGCUCCCCAGUGUUUGAUGCAAAUGGCAGACUGGUGGCUAUUCAUGCCCUGGGGAUUAUUUAUAGCCGUGGAGAUCUGGUUUAUGGCCUUAUUGAGUAUGGCUACUCCAUGGAGUCCGUACUUUGUGAUAUUCAACGGAUUAAUGAGAACUUGUAUCAAUUACUGUGUCAAGGGAAACAAGACUCGACAUUUGAAGGCCAUCAAAUUGAAGCUAUGGAGCAUUAGUGGGGGGAAAAAGAUGCUAUUUCCCAGGGGUAUUAUACCAAUUAAGCCUUUUUCCCGCUCUUUUUCAUUUUUAUUUAUAAAAAGGAAACGCUGACAAAAACCAUAGAUAAGAAGGGUAGAACUCCACACAAUCCCCACCACCAGAACUCUGUAUCCCAUCCCAUCCCCUGAUAGCCUUCCUAUUCUUUUGUUUUUUUUUUCCUCCUCCAGGGUUAUUGCUGGGCUCAGUGCCUGCACCAUGAACCCACCGCUCCCGGAGGCCAUUUUUUCCCCCUUUUGUUGCCCUUGUUGUAGCU